UGUUUCCACACACUUACGGUCACGGUUCGAUCCGUCUUCACGUCUACUGUGCGGUACUGGCUUAAUGACUACGCAUCAAACAUAGGUUUUGGAAUAUUUCACUCUGGAAUCGAAGUUUAUGGCAUCGAGUAUUCGUAUGGUGGACAUCCUUAUUCGUUUUCCGGUGUGUUCGAGAACUCACCACAAGAUGCGGAAGAGUUAGGAGAGAAUUUCAAAUUUAGACAGUGCAUUGUAAUUGGUGAAACUAACUUCACACCAACUGCCGUUCAAGAGCUGAUAAAGUCACUCGGCCAGGAGUAUCGUGGCGACCGCUACCAUCUCAUUUCAAGAAAUUGCAACCACUUCAGCGCCGUCCUCGCUAAGGCGCUCACGGGUAAAGAUAUUCCUACGUGGAUCAACCGAUUGGCCAAUCUCAGCGGAUCUAUUCCUUUUUUAGAGAGAUGUUUACCACAAGAGUGGUUAACUCCAGUCGCUCUUCAACAAUCUAAACAAGAGCACAAGGAGACGAUUGAUUCGGCUGAAGAUGCUUUAGAAGUGAAAUUAAAUGGUGAGAUAUGUAAUAUUUAUCCACUUUGUUUAAAUGGGAAUCAUAAUGGUUUAACCAGCAAAUCUCCGAAAAAUGGAGAUUAUGCUGGGGUCGCUUAA